AUGACUGGAACGAGUAUGGACGCAGUCGAUGCUGUGUUGGUGGACAUCAGUACCAACACUACUCAAUCGUCACAAUCAGGUGAUGGACCUAACGAGUUCAAGGUCAUAGCAAUGCAUUCACAUCCAUACCCAAGUGAUUUGAAGGAUGCAGUGUUGUCAAUAUGUCAAGGACAACAAACUACCUUGCGAACACUUGGUGAGAUUGAUCAUAGGUUGGCAAUAUUGUUUGCUGAUGCGGUCAAUGCAUUGUUGUCAAAGGCCAAUGUGAAGCCAAGUGAUGUAAAGGCAAUAGGUUGUCAUGGACAGACUGUAUGGCAUCAGCCAACAGACACUCAAUACCCCUUCACAAUGCAGAUUGGUGACAAUAACAUAGUGGCAGAGAGGACUUCGAUCAAUGUAGUUGGUGACUUUAGACGAAGAGACAUGGCCUGUGGAGGACAGGGUGCCCCACUCGUACCCAUCUUCCAUUCAAGAGUGUUGGCCAAUGACAAUGAACUUCGAAUCGUUGUCAAUAUAGGUGGAAUAUCCAAUUUCACCGUGCUGCACCCAGGUGAGCCUGUUGUUGGUUAUGACACUGGACCUGGUAACAUAUUGUUGGAUGCGUGGAUCAAUCAAUGUACUGGCGAGACCUUUGACAAGGAUGGAGUGUUCGCAUCACAAGGCACUACCAAUCAACAGUUGUUAAGGCAAAUGAUUGAGUCGACAUCAUACUUUGGACGAUCACCUCCCAAGAGCACUGGCAGAGAGCAGUUCAAUCUCGAAUGGCUUCAUGGACAACUUGACAAGUUCAACCAGCAACAUUCAAAUACCAUUACACUUAGUCCAAACGAUGUACAAUCAACACUUGUUGAUCUAACCGUGGAAUCAAUAGCAAGUCAUGUGGAUUUACAUGGUGGCUGUGAUCGACUGUUGGUAUGUGGAGGUGGUGCUCGUAAUCAGUUGAUCAUGGAUCGAUUGGAAGAGAGAAUGCCAAACGCAGUAGUGGAGCCAACAUCCAGUGUUGGCGUCGAUGGAGACGCAAUUGAAUGUCUGGCCUUUGCUUAUCUAGCAUACCUGCAUGUCAACCACAUGUCUGGCAACGUGCCAUCUGUCACUGGCGCAACAAAGUCUACAAUCUUGGGUGCCAUGUAUCCGAAAUGGUCGCCAUCGCAUUAG